AUGAUGGAGAUUCUGGACAAUGUCGGUCUAACAUGUGGGAUCAAGGCUAUCCUUCAUCCAAUGGCUCCCCACAACGAAAAUGCUUUCAAUCCCUGUUUCAUCACUUUGAUAAUCAGUUUAUUUAGCGGAUUGUUUCUUAUAUACACGGGAACCUCACUAUAUCUAACGUUAAGUAAAACACGGUAUGGCUCAUUAUUACCCAAGAGUACAGGCAUGAAACACUACAUUCGGAUCAAUUCUGUGCUAUUACAGAUUGUGCUAUUUGCUUACUUGAGCACCUUUAUAGACAUACAAGAGAGAAGCACGUUGAUUGCUUUUAUAAUACUCCUUACAGGCUUGAUACUAGUUAUAUUGCCUCUUCAUUUUGUUGAAACUUCUUAUGAACCAAUUCCCAGUGAUCCAUUAGUGCUAUUUUGGCCAUUUUUAACCUUGAUCGAACUUGCUUUAUAUUUCCAAGAUAAUUACACCAACUGGCAAAUCAUAAAGCCCAUUGAAGGUGAUACAACAAUCCAGAUAGUUGAAAUAUUGCUAAUUGUGAAUUCCAUAUGUAUAUUCAUUAUGGAAUACGCUAAUUCUUGGAAACCAAGUCAUGAUCUAAUAUUACAUUAUGCUAGAACAGAACAACUCGAAAAACUAGCAACCCCAAAUGUCAUAGAAAGAAUCACAUUCAGUUGGAUGAAUGAACUAAUUUCCAACUCAUACAAGAAUGAAACAGUCACUAAUGCGGAAUUACCCAAUACCCCAGAAGAGUUAUCAACUAUAAAUUCAACCAAAAGAAUACGUCGAUUCUGGAAAGGAAGAGGAAAUUUAGGCUACUCGUUACUUCUAGCAUUUGGAUGGGGAUUAUUAGUUUCAUUUGCAUAUGAAUUAGGUGGAAGAUUAUUGAAUUUUGCCCAGCCUCAAUUCUUGCGGUUUUUGAUUUUAUAUUUCAAUGUCGACAAUCCACCUUUAUUACAAGGAAUAUUGAUUUGUCUUGCUAUGUUUGCCAACACACUUAUCCAAACUUCGUUUAACAACGAAUAUAUGUUGAAGAAUCUUGAGGUUGGGUUGAAUUGUCGAUCAUCAUUAACCGCAUUAAUAUAUCAAAAAGCAUUAGUAUUGUCUACUGAAUCCAAACUAAGAGCAUCUACAGGAGAUAUCGUGAAUCUAAUGUCAGUGGAUGUUAAUCGUAUCCAAAAUGUAUUAACGAACUUAAGUACUUUGAUACUUGCACCCAUCGAUGUUAUCUUAUGUAUUGUAUCACUUUGGCCAUUAUUAGGUAAAGCAACAUUGGCGGGAAUUUUCACCAUUAUAUUUUUAGUUCCCGUAAAUGCAGUCAUUAUCAAAUAUCUGAAAAGAUUAAAUAAAACCCAGAUGAAAUUAAAAGACAAUCGGUCUCGAAUCAUAAAUGAAAUCCUAACCACUAUCAAAAGUAUUAAAUUAUAUGCCUGGGAGAAUCCUAUGUUUGCAAAACUUUCUGAAGCCAGAAAUGAUAAGGAAUUGAAAAAUUUGGUGAAAAUAAGAUUAGUGAAUCAAGUUGGGUUAUUCAUUUGGAAUGUCAUUCCAUUCGUGGUAUCAUUCUCGUCAUUUGUUACAUUUGUAUUAAUUCAAGAUAAACCUUUGACAUCAGAUAUUGUUUUCCCUGCAUUAGCAUUAUUGAAUUUAUUAUCUUCUCCAUUAUUGCAAUUCCCUAUGGUGAUUACAUCAAUGAUAGAAGCAGGUGUGGCUAUUGAAAGAAUUCGGAAUUUCUUAAUGAAUGAUGAAAUCGAUGAAUCUAUGAUAUUACGUUUCCCGGAAAGUUCCAAAAAUAAGGACGAUAUCGCAGUAAGAAUCGAGAAUGCAACUUUUCAUUGGAGUCAGGACAAAACCAAAGACAUCAAGUACACCGAUGAGGAACAAGAACAACAACAACAAACCCGUCAUGUUCAUGCAUUACGAAAUGUCAACUUUGAAGCCAAAAGAGGCGAGCUAUCCUGCAUUGUCGGAAAAGUAGGAAGUGGGAAAACAUCAUUAUUAUAUGGAUUAUUGGGACAAUUGAAAGUUACAUCCGGUGAUAAACCAUUUCCGCCACUAAUCCAAACUCGAGGAACUAUUGCCUAUUGUUCUCAACAACCAUGGAUCAUGAAUGCUUCGGUUAAAGAAAAUAUCUUAUUUGGAUGUCGUUUUGACCAAGAAGUUUAUCAGCAGACUAUAGAAGCAUGUCAAUUAAUUCCUGAUUUAGCGGUGUUACCUGAUGGAGACGACACCCAGGUUGGGGAAAAGGGAGUUUCCUUAUCUGGUGGUCAAAAGGCUCGUUUGGCACUUGCGCGUGCUAUAUAUUCAAGAGCAGAUAUUUAUUUGCUUGAUGAUAUUUUGUCGGCUGUUGAUUCAUACGUGGGUAAUCAAAUAGUUCAAGGGGUAUUGAGUAAACCAGAUGGAUUGCUUGCUUCAAAGACGAUUAUUUUAUGUACUAAUUCGACUGUCGUAUUGAGUUCUGCAGAUAAGAUUUGUCUAGUAGAGGAUGGAGAAAUUACAGAAACAUCUUCCUUCCAGGAUGUAACAAUAACAACGCACCCUAAGUUAUAUAACAUUAUAAACAACUUCAAUAAUACCACCACCACCACUGCGGGAGAAUCAAGUUUAUCCGAUAGACCCCCAACGUCAAAUAUAAUUGUCACUGAUGAUGAGGACCAUUCACCAACUCCACAAACCGAGUAUGAAAUUGAAAACUUGGAAAAGGGAGACGAGCGUGAACUCGAACUAGUUCCCAAGAUUGGCUCUUCCACCCCAACCCCAUUUAUUUCCCGAAGAGCAAGUGUGGAAACAUUCAGAUGGGAUCCAUUAGGGAAAUUACUUCCUAAUUUGCGUAGUGGACAAAAUCGCGAAGUAAGUCAGACAGGAAAAGUCCAAUGGUCAGUUUAUUUUGCAUAUAUCAAAGCUUGUUCUAUUACCGGUGGGAUAUUCUGGUUAUUUUUAUUAUUGAUGGCUUCUGCACUUUCAGUGGGUGCAAAUUAUUGGCUUAAAUAUUGGACUGAGAAGAAUUCUCAAUCGGGUAAGAAUGAAGAUACAUGGAAUUUUAUUAUCGUAUAUGCUAUAUUUGGAUUAGGUGCUACUAUUAUGACAGUUGCACGUGGUUCAGUUAUGAUGCUUUGGCUUGGUCUUAAUGCAUCUCGGAAAAUACAUGAUAAGAUGGCCAAAAGGGUCAUGUAUGCUCCAAUGUCAUUUUUUGAAGAGACUCCAGUCGGAAGAAUUAUGAAUAGGUUUACGAAUGACGUUAAUAAGAUUGAUGAUGGGAUACCACAAGUUUUCCAAGGGUUUAUUGCCCAGACAGUAAAGACAGUUUUCACGCUUGGGGUUGUUAGUUAUGUUAUACCUUUAUAUAUAAUCGUCAUCAGUUUGCUUUCGAUUAUUUAUGGUUAUUAUGAAAUCUACUAUGUGUCAAUAUCACGAGAAUUAAAACGGUUGGUAUCAGUGUCGCGUUCACCUAUAUAUGGACACCUUGGAGAAAGUUUGAAUGGAAUAGAUACAAUCAGGGCAUAUAGACAAAACGACAGGUUUACAUUCAUAAACAAUUCUAAUAUUGAUUUCAAUUUAAAGUCAGUAUACAUGUUACGGUCAAUUAAUCGUUGGCUAUUUUUCAGAUUACAAUUUAUUGGCGGGGUUGGUGUUUUAUCCGCUUCAUCUUUAUCAAUUUUGAGUUUAAGGUCAUCUCACCCUUUGACCGCUUCAAUGGCUGGGUUUGUCAUGACGUAUGCAUUACAGGUUACAAAUUCUUUGAAAUUGGUAGUUAGAACUUCUGCUUCAGUGGAGACUUCUAUCGUUGCAGUAGAACGGUGUUUGGAAUAUAUGGAUUUACCUAUCGAGGAAGAAGAACAAGAGGCUCAGAACUUGAUAAAACCACCACAGUCAUGGCCAACACAGGGAGUAGUUCAAUUCAAGAACUAUUCAACUCGUUACCGUCCAAAUUUGGACUUGGUACUUAAACAUAUCAAUUUACAUAUAAAGUCAGGAGAACGAAUCGGGAUUGUUGGCAGAACAGGAGCAGGUAAGAGUUCAUUAGCAUUAGCUAUCUUUAGAAUAAUUGAGCCAGUAGAGGGACAUAUUAAUAUAGAUAAGUUAAACACCAGUCGGAUAUUUUUAUAUGAUCUCCGAAGAAAAUUAAGUAUUAUUCCACAGGAUUGUCAAUUAAUUGAAGGCACUAUUAGACAAAAUUUGGAUCCGUUUAAUUAUUAUACCGAUGAAGAAGUAUGGGAAGCGCUUGAAUUGGCACAUUUGAAAGAUCAUGUUUUAAAAUUUCUGGAUGAAGAAAAUCAAUUAUCAUGUAAAGUCUAUGAGGGUGGUUCUAAUUUUUCAUCUGGUCAACGUCAAUUGAUGUCUCUUGCAAGAGUGUUGUUAAAGAUGAAGGAUUCUAAAGUGUUGGUGUUAGAUGAAGCUACUGCAGCUGUGGAUGUCCAAACAGAUAAGAUCAUUCAAGAAACAAUUAGGAAUCAAUUUAGAGAUAAGACAAUCAUUACCAUAGCCCAUAGGUUAGAAACUGUAAUGGACAAUGACAGAAUUGUAACUUUAGAGAAUGGAGAGGUACAAGAGUUUGAUGCUCCAGGAAAGUUACUUCAAAACAAGGACGGUAUUUUUUAUAAACUUUGCAAAGAAGGUGGAUUAGUUUAA